CGUACACUAUACAACGCACCACGCGUAGAACAACCAAUCUCCUAACCUUGUUCUUGCGGUUGGUUCCAUCUUCGGUCGUAUAUCAUUUGACAUCGCUGCACCGUUCAAGCUCCAUUGCCUGAUCCAUUCGUGCUGCGACGACGAGGUCGAAGUGAAUUAUUGCAAUAUUGCCGCUGGCGUAGCGUGCUCUGGCUGCUGUGUCUCCAAUCAACUACGAUUUUAAACACUGCUGUAUCGCCGUUAUAUAACAUUUAUGGUCUUCAGCUGUUCCUGCUAGACACUUUCGUAUUCCCGAUCCCUGUCAACAUCUGAUAUACGAAGUGCGGAGAUUGUCAGACUGUUCAAAACACUUCUUCCUCUUCUGAUACUGCUGCGCAGAUUUUCCACGACCCUCUCUACUCUUCUUGUCUUUCUUUAGCUGUUGGAUCCACACUCGACUCCCUCCGCAUAUCCAUCAUGCCUCGCGAAAACAAGAAGCGUGGCCGUCGCGCCGAGAACAAAAAGAGGAAGCUCGAAGAAGAAUCCGAGCUGCAGCAAGAAGAAUUUUCCACACAAGAAGUCCAGGAAUACGUUCCGGCUGUUAAACGACAUAAACCCGACCGUGAAAAGAAAAAUGCCCCCGAAAAGCAUAAAUACGACCCUGAAAAGCACAAUGCUCCCAUCAAGGACGAUAUGGGACAAGACUUCAUGCGCGUGGACCUGACUGGAGAUGCUUUAGAAGAAUCUGGAGUUCCAGCAGACCUUGGUGCCAUGCCCUUCUAUGGCCUAUUAGACGAAUCUGAACAGGCAUACUUCAAGAGCGCGGAUGAGCAGCUUGAGGCCAACACAUUUGCCGAUCCCGAAGAGCGAGCAGUGUUCCUGACCAAUGUCUUUCGUGAAGCCAAAGGGAAGGAAAUCAAGAUUGCGUCAAGCCAGGGUGUUUCCCGGCUGUUGGAGCGUAUGAUCUUGCUGUCAAGUUCGGAUCAGUUGAAAGCCUUGUUUCGAGCGUUCAGUGGAAAUUUCUCACACCUGGUCCGACAUCGCUUCGCAUCUCAUUGUUGCGAGGCCCUUUUCAUCCAUGCCGCUACUGUGGUAACGCAAGAGCUGCAUGUCCCCGUCGGUGACGCCAAGUCAACGGAAGUCGAGAUUGAUAUGGAUCCUAGCGGCGACAAAUUCGUAUCCAUGGGAACGUACUUUCUCAAUACCGCGGCAGAAUUGCGCCCACAUGUCGGGUUCUUCAUGUCUCAUCGAUUUGCGUCGCAUGCACUCCGAGUACUACUAUUAGUGCUUUCUGGAUCACCUCUAUCCGACGCAUCCCCAUCAGUCAAUCCGUCCACAUCGAGGUCGCUCAUCCGUAGCAAGAAGAAGGAGAACAACGUGGUCUACGGAUUGGAGAAUCAGAAGAAUGACGAACUCUUGGCUCCCCGUGAAGUGUCCAAAGAGUUCAAAAAGGCAAUGGAGGAGCUGAUGUAUGGCAUGGUCGAGCAGCUUGACACCAAUGCGCUGCGAGCGCUUGCGACACAUCCCGUUGCGAACCCGACGCUUCAAUUAUUGCUCAAAAUUGAAUUGACCAACUUCGGGAAGAAUGUCGCCAAGGAUUCGGCGUCCAUUAUUUACCGCCUACUGCCUGACGACCCCAUGACACCAGAAAGCGGCAGCGGACAAUUUAUCAAUGGGCUGAUGUACGAGACAGUCGGCGCACGGCUGCUGGAAACCAUCAUUACCCAUGCGCCGAGCAAAGCAUUCAAAGCCAUCUCCAGGGAUUUGUUCCAGGGAAAGCUAGCGACACUAGCACGGAACGAAGUCGCGAUGUAUGUCGUGUCUCGCGUCCUAGAACGGUUCGGGAAGAACGACCUCGAGGAGGCCCGAAACGAAAUCGUUCCAGCCAUGGGCGACUUGUUUCGACGGAAUCGUUACCAAGUCGUGGGAACCCUCAUCGAACGAUGCUAUGCUCGAGAAGUAGACACGGGCCCCAUCGCCUCGGAACUCCAAUCAAUCUACCAUGCCGAAAACGAUAGCUUCGACAUCGCCCAAUUCCUCCACCUCUCUGACCUACCCUCCGACCCAACCUCCACCGAUGCCGCCAACCCAACCAACUUCGGUCCACCACCCGACACCCCAAAGCCGCACCCCCACGUCUCGAAACUCUCCCAAACCAUCACCUCCCACCCCUCCCCCCUCAGCACCCUCCUCCUCACCUCUCUCUCCACCCUCCCCCCUCCUUCCACCCUCUCUCUCGCCUACUCCCCCUACUUCUCCCCCCUCCUCGUCUCCGCCCUCACCGUUCCCCACGCGUCCGUCGUCACCCGCCGCAAGCUCAUCGCCACCUUUUACGGCCACCUCGCCCCCAUGGCCCUCGACCCCUCCGCCAGCCGCGUCGUCGACGCCAUCUGGACCGGGACUGCCGGCCUCGCGUUCAUGCGUGACCGCGUCGCCGAGGAGCUCGUGGAGGCCGAGGAACAGUUCCGCGGCCAUCGGAUCGGGCGGUGGGUGUGGAAGAACUGGAAGAUGGAGCUGUAUAAGCGGGACAGAAGAGAGUGGACUAGGCGGAUGAAGGAAGAGGUCGAGGCGGUUGGGUUUGUUGGGUGGCCGGAUGGCGGUGAGCGGAAGAGUGGUGCGGAGGUAGGGAAGGAGGAGCAACAGUGGCCGCAGCGUGCACCUGGUGCGUCGGGGCAUGGGCAGCGUGACGCGAAGUUUGCGAAGGGGCCCGCCGGUGCGCAGGCAGGGCAGGGGAAGCCGAAGAGUGCGAUGGAUCGCGCGAGGGAACGACAUGUUGCGGAGAAGGCGAGGAGGGAGAAGGCGAUGGCGAGGCACUAUUCGUCCGCGAACGCGCAGGGUGUGGCUAGCAGGGGGAAGGGGAAGGAGACUGGGGCGGAGGCUGGGGCAUAGGGAUUUUGGAUUGUUUUGAAGAUGCUGAAAGGAGAUGGGGGAGAUAAUGUGGGCCGGAUUGUAGUUGCGUGAUAGGGGUUAUAGUUUGAAAAGGCGAAUGGUAUAUGCUAAAUAUUGUGCAUUCGCGCGUGAACUCCAGGCUUGAAGCGACAGGGCGUAUGCAGAUAUUACCAAACUUCGUUCUCCUACCAAAUACAAAGAAUUAACGAG